AUCCCCAGGUGGCCCUGCAGCCCCACACAGCGCCUGGCUCAAUGCUGUCACCCCACUAGCUUCUGUGACCCCCCAGAAACCCCGUGUGCACGACUCUCUGCCCCCCUCCCCAUCCUGUGCCUCCUACCCUGGCUCUGUGGGCAGGGUGCUGUGAUGAAUGCGACUGCGGUCAGCUGUUCCUGUCCUGGCGCCACGGCAGCCUCUGUUGGGAGAAAGGCAGAACUGCAGCACGUCUCAAGCAGAACUGCAUUUUCUGCGAGGAAAACAAAUUCUGCACUGGCCAUGAAUUCUGCGCAUGCGCAGGGGUGCAGAGUUCCCCCCGGAGUAAGGGGUGCUAAGCAGCUGCUGUUUGGCCUGGCCCCCUAGCCGGUGCCUGGGACCUUCCCGCUGAGAUGUUGGUAGCCGAGAGCUUAGCCAGGAGGUCCUGGCUUUUAAAGGCCAGGCUCCCUAGGAGCUGGAGGGGGAAGCACGGGGGACCAGCUGGAGCCAGGCUUCCCCGCAGGCCAAUGUGAAGGCUGCCCAAUGUCUUGGUGCUAGUCCCUCCCAAGCCCCCUGCACUCCCAGGCCCUUCUCUAGGGCCUGGUGCAUGGGGCUGGGGACACGGCCUGCUUUGGCACCGCCCUUCCCUGAGCGCUGUUGCCCUGGAAACGGGAUCCUGGGUUCUCUAGAACUCCGUCCGCCUGUUCUAGAGCCCACAGGGGCCGGUUGCCAUGGCGCAGCAGUGCACUCCGUGCCCCACGCCCCCCGCAAGGGCCCUGCCGUUGAGCCUCCCUUGCCACAGACAAGGCCCUCGAAUCGGUCUUCGCUGACCCGCUGUUCCCCAGCCAGGACUCCCCAGCUCCUGCAGGUAGGGGGAGCUGACAAUGGGCCAGGCGACUUGGCAAGUGCUGGGACCGGGGGGCUCUGUGCUGUGGGGGCCUGGGUAUAGAGCUGGGGCUGUGACGGUCUCAGCUCGUACCGGCUCGGGCUGGGUUGCUGUCAGCAAUGCUAGGGGUACUUGCUGCUGGAAGCGCUUUUCACUGAGGCCCUGACUGCUUGUGGUCCUUUGAGAUCCCCCCCGAUGUCCUGGCCAAAGCCCAGCGCGGUGAUUCCAUUCUGCCUCUCAGUUCCCCCCGUAUUGUCAAGUAGAUCAGGACUUAUCCUGCCCCUCCUGCUGGGUGGUGUUACAGCCCCAGAGGUGGCUGCAUAUCAGUGGUCAGGGAAGUGGUGGCUGUGGACAGAGUCUAUGGAGCCCUUUGGGAUCCUCCCAGAUGGCAACAUGGGAUAUUAACUUGGGACUUGGCUUCUUGGGUCUAUUCCCAGCUCUGCCACCGACUCACUGGGUGACUUUGGUUGAGGCACGUCCCAGCUCUGUGCCUUAGUUUCCCCAUUGCUGACAUGGGCCUGAUGAAUUCCAGGGUUGGCUGUAUGUAGCACAGGGUGCGUUUCCCUGCUGACUGACGGCUCCUCGCCCUUCCCUCGGCAGCCCCUGUCGGUGUGGGCGGACGCCCACCUCCCAGGAGCAGCCAUGCUGCGAGGCGCCUUCAUGCUUUGGAACCUCACCUUCUUCGACGUGGAGAGGAGCCUGGCACGCAGGCUGCAGCAGAAUACGCAUUACCCCUUCCAGGUGCAGCAGCCCAAUGUGUUCGUCAUGGAGUAUUACAAGGACACGCUGUGGAAGGGGGCCCUGAUCUUCCUGCUCUGUGUCCUGGGCGGGGUCUUCUACUUGAAGAGUGAGAAGGUCUCCCAGGAUUACUCCGGCUUCUUCGUCUACGGGAUCCUGGUCGGGUUCUGGCUGUUCCUCAGCUCCAUGCACAAGCGGCACCUGGUCAUCAACCACGCCCGGGGCUGCUACCAGAUCUACAUCAAGAGGCGGCUGUGGGAGGAGGGGCCCCUGCACCAGAUCUACGUCCGGCUGAUGGCCCAGACGGACGGUACGGCCCCUGCCCGGGGAGAGGGUGUCCGUCGUCCCGUCCCCCCCCCACACGGGACUCUCGCCCCUCACCGGCUGCCUCCGGCCUGUCCUGCAGCCUACGGGAAACGCUUCUACAGCCUCAUCAUCAACGGCCACGGGCUGGAGGUGCUGACCCUGGCCAGCCUGUCGGAUCAGUACGAGCACAUGGAGUUCCUGGGAAGGCGGAUUGCGCGCAAGCUGAAACUCAACUACUUCGACUACCUGGAUGUGUCCACGCGCCAUGUGAUCCGCCACCGGCCCCCGCUGGAGCGGGACGAGGAGCUGCAGGUGUGAGGGGGGGCAGCGCCCCAGUAAAGCUCCGCCUCCCGCUCUGCUCACAGCUGUUUGCA